AGCGGGAAACCAAAAUGGCGAACGUGUUGGGGAAAAAUGACCCGUUUGUUAUUUUCUAAAGACGACACGAGCCCCGUGUGUUGGUGGAAUAGACAUUCAAAAUAAAUUCCACCUCAAGACGAGUGGGAAAAAUAACGCCACUCUUAUUCAGCUUAUUUUGUCGGACUAAUCAUUUGUAGCAGCGGAGGUGACCGAAUGAGAGACUCAGGGGUUGUGGAUCACCUGCCCGUCCAUCACAGAGCUCACCCCCAGCGGCAGCAGGAGGCUGUGUCCUUGUCACCCAGCAGCCUCUCUGCAAGGGGGGAGUAUGGUGAUGAUGGCAUAUCGGCAAGGUUUGCAGAAGGACAGGAUGUUUUGGCCCGGUGGUCAGAUGGCUUGUUCUACUUGGGGACAAUAACAAAGAUAGACCGGGGCAAGCUGCGAUGCUUUGUAGUUUUUGAGGAUCAGUCAAAGUCUUGGGUUCUUUGGAAGGAUAUUCAAACGGGGGAUGAAGACGACGAGGAUGAGGAGGACGAUGACAUUGUAUGUUCUAUAUGCCAGGAUGAAACUUCAGAGGAACCCAAUGAGAUUGUCAUUUGUGACAAAUGUGGCCAGGGUUACCAUCAGCUGUGUCAUUCACCAGUCAUUGAUGCUGCCGUCAUUGACUCUGAUGACAAGUGGUUGUGCUCAGAAUGUGAACUUGCUUCUAUACCCAAGAGGGGGAGUACACACAAGAAAGGCACAUCUACUAAACAUUUUUUGAAAGAAGAAGAAGAACAACAACAACAACAACAGCAGCAACCCCAGCAGGAUAUGGAGCUACAGCUGUCCUUCCCAUACAUCUUGGAAGAACUGGUGUGGGACCAGGGCCACAAGACUAACCACCAGGAGUGCUAUUGCUAUUGUGGUGGUCCAGGAGAGUGGUACCUGAAGAUGCUCCAGUGUAACAGGUGUCUGCAGUGGUUCCAUGAAGAGUGUCUCCAUUGUUUGGAGAUACCCAUGCUCUACGGAGAUAGGUUUUAUAUAUUUAUCUGCUCUGUUUGCAAUGGUGGACCUGAGUACCUUAACCGUCUCCCUCUCAUCUGGAAGGAUAUCGCACAUCUGAGCCUGUACAACUUGAGUGUGAUUCAUAAGAAGAAGUAUUUCGACUCUGAGCUGGACUUAAUCGCUUACAUCAACGACAACUGGGAGCUGCUGCAACUGGGGAACCUCACCACCACUCCAACAUCUGAGCGAUACGAAAAUGUUAUCGCGGCCUUAAACAGCAAUAGCUGCAUAUUCAUGUCUGGUAAGGAAGUAAAGAAAAAGAAGCACUUGUUUGGCUUAAGGAUCCGUUUACCGCCUGUUCCUCCAAACUCUGAAGAGCCAACUAACCGGUUGAUGGAGAAGGCUUCGCAUGAGAUCACCAUUAAAGGAUGCAAAUCCAGCAAAGCCCCGUCUAGCACGAGUCCUAGUACUUUAACCAAUGGCACACAGAAGAAGAAAAAGAAGAAAAAAAAGAAGAGGAAGGAAGUGGCAGAUUCUCUGGAGACUUUGGCUAAACCCCAGUGCUCCAGUGAACUCUUGACCCAGGAAACAAGAAAGCGUUUCCCACUGGAUCCACGUGCUUUGGAUCAUUUAGGUUCUAUCAAGAGUGAAAGGUCUCUGCUGUAUUCACACCCAUCCACAGAUGUGGAAUCUCUUGGAGCCGUCAGCACCUCAGAAACUACCUCAACUGGCAUUUCAAGGCAGUCCAGCCUCUCUAGUUCCAACAAGAUGCACACAGCAGCCUGCAGCAUGCCGUUUUCUUCUCCACCUUUAAAAAGGAAACGUGGACGACCACGAAGGGCCUUGCAGCCCCCCAACCCAGAAAUCCCCCCUCCCAGCCAUACAGACACAAACUCUUCAGCCUCAGAGAUGCUGAGCACCCUCCCAGGGCUUCCCUCCGCAGACAUAAUUCACGGCAUGGACCCCACCAGUCAGCUUUCCCAUCUCAAGAGCUCCAUCAGCAGCUAUUUUGGAGCUGCGGGGCGUCUGGCCUGUGGAGAGAAAUACAAAGUCCUGGCCCGACGGGUCACACUUGAUGGCAAGGUGCAGUAUUUGGUGGAAUGGGAAGGAGUCACUGCCUCAUAGGCUUGAUUGUGUCAUCACCGCUUCAAACUUAACCAGUACCUGUUCAGGUGACGUGUAUUUAGAGCAUUAAUUGAUUAUAUGUCUUUGUUUUGUUGAGACAAAAUCAAAUUUUGCCUGUUCAGCUUUCUUUAAAGCCUAACUGUUCACUGUGGUCUACUGUCACUAUCACAAAUUUAAAGAGGAAUCUUCUGAUUUAGUGGUGUUAAUGAAUGCAGGUUGAGGUAUUGUCAUUAAAACGAACUGCAUUCAUGUUAUUUUGGCUUUUAAACUUCAUAUCCUGCUUUGAGUGAUUACAGAUUCCCUCACGUAUUCAGGAGCAAAUAGGUAUUCUUUUCUCUGUUCCUGUAAGCUGUCAGGGAUUUGCUGUUAUAAUUUUAUUUUUUGAACCCAGGAAUAUGCAUUUCUGGGUAUUUGUAAAAUGGUGAUUCUUCAAGGAUAAGGGAAGGAGGGGGAAACUGUAAUUACUUAAUGCAUCAAAUUUAUUGAACAAUUAAUACAGCUACCCGUACAAACUGUGAUAAACAUAUUCCUUUUACACCGCCCUCUCUCUUGUCUCAGCUACAAGCGCCUCUUGUUUGCUUUUUGUUCCUUGUUUAGCUGUACUCGUUGAGCAAUUAAUAGGAAAAAGAGUGCUGCUGCACAGGUUUAUUUUGUACAAAAAAAUCUUCUAUUAUCACGUUAUCCUUUUUAUACCUGCUCUGUUCAUUUUGGCAGAUUUCAUUUAUUGCAUUUUCAGGUUUACUUGCACAUAUUGUUUUCCUUUUUUUCUGUCAAUCAUCUCAUUUUGAACCAGUUAUUGAAGCUUGACCAGUUCAGGUAACCUUGUUCAUCUAUGGUGAACUCUUCUAAAUUUUUUUUAUCUAACCCACAGUAUAUACCUACUUUCUUUGGAUAUACUGAUUUGAAAUUGCUAAAAUUACUUAAAUGACCAUAUUUAGUUUGAUUAGUUGAAUAGUUGAAGUGCUGCAUAAGAUCGUUAUACCCCCCACCCCGUUGUAUCAGAAUUGCUGCUGAUUAAUUUGGUCCUGGAUAAAUCUUUUAUAAUUAUACAGUUGAUAUAGCUUGACAAAGGAGGUCAUCAGCAUAUAUAUAUAUAUAUAUAUAUGAUGCUUUCAUGUUCAGUUGAUUUGGAUAAAUGGGGCAACAAAAAAUGUAAGGAUUUUUCCCUCUUAUACAGUAAUUCAGGUUUGAUUACGGAUUUGAUUUCAGGUUUUAUAAUUAAUGUUCCAAGUUAGUUUUUUUCCUUUCUUCAUGUGUAAUUAUUUUGUACCACAUUAACAUAUCUAUAUAUAUAUGCUUUAUUUUUAAAGAAAUACAUUUUGUCCAUUUUUCUACCUGCUUAAUCAAAAAGCAACCACUGGAAAAUUUCAGAUGCUGUACUUCACUGCAAGAGGUACAUAUUCAGUUAGUAUGCUUAUCUCUUUUUUUGAGAUGUUUGUAGUUUCUGUUAAAAUGAACAUGCUUUUUUUUUUUAGACUGACUUGUCUUCAUUUAGGGCUGUAGUCAGUCUAUCUGAAGCAUCUGUGUGCGGUUCGUUUCAGCCCGCAUGUUGCUGCCGCUGGCUUCGAGCAGGCGACUGUAGCCAAAGAACUUACGUCUUCGGUUUUUUUGAGAUUUUCUUAAUACAUUUUUUUAUAAAUAUAUAUUAUUGCAGCGGUUUGCGUGUUGUAUGAAUCUGUUUUGUUCAAUGAUAAAUAAAAGUGGAUAUU